ACAUUACUAAUACAAGUACCAGAUCCCUUAUUAAGUACUACGAUCUAUUUAUGAUGAUCAAUUUUAGGUGGAGGCUAGGUUACUUCUGUUGCUGGAUAUUGCUUUGGAAAUGGUACCAAAAUACCUUGGUUGUUCAUCCAGUGAAGACACAAGUUAUAAGCUCAGGAGUCAUAUGGGGUGUUGGAGAUAUUGCUGCCCAGUUUAUUACUCAUUCUACUGCCAAAACUCUUUCUCACACUCAUCAUGAAGAUAAAGAAUUCAAAAUUAGCUGGAGGAGGGUGGUAAUCACAAGCUUAUUUGGGUUUGGCUUUGUUGGACCAUUUGGUCACUUCUGGUAUGAAGGUAUGGAUCGAUUUAUCAAGUCUGGUCUUAAACUGCAACCAAAUACAGUACGAUUUGUGGCCACUAAAGUGGCUAUGGAUGGCCUCAUUUUUGGACCUUUGGAUUUGCUAGUAUUCCUUAGUUACAUGGGAUAUUCUAGCGGUAAAAACAGUCUUCAAGUAAAGGAAGAUUUAAAAAGAGAUUUCCUCCCAGCAUUUAUUCUUCAAGGUGCAGCAUGGCCAGUUCUUCAAAUUGCAAACUUCCGGUAUAUUCCGCUAAGAUAUCAGCUUCUAUAUGUUAACAUCUUCUGCUUGGUUGAUAGCGCUUUCUUGUCUUGGUUGGAACAACAACAAGAUGCAUCUUGGAAGCAUUUUCUCGUGUCAUCUAUAACCUCCAAAGGCCAAGACAGAUGAUGACAUCCGUUUUCAAAUUUUCCCGUGUUGCUCUCAAUUGAUUGAUCACAGAUAAACAUUUAUGUAUAACUACAAAAAGACAGAGGUGUUAAUCUUGUUUAUUUUCCAACACU